AAAGCUUUGUGUUAUAAUAUGAUUAUUGGUGUACGCACAUAUCAUAUUAAUUACUUAAUAUUAUCUAUUAUCAAGGAGAGAUAAUGCCCUCACUAACAUCACAAUAUAUCCACCUCUGGUGUGUAGAUAUCAAGGGGAGGAUAAGGUAAUCUGGAGAGGAUACAAUUUUUGUGUUUCGUCGGGGACCGUUCAGGGAGGUAGAGCAACUUGUGCUCUCUCUCUUCACUCGACCACACCUCAGCUUUACCUAACUGCACCCCAAUCAAACUUCACUCCAUCUAACCUUAACCAUAACCAAAUUGAUCCUAACUUAUCUCAAUGAAAUCAAAUAUGGUUUAGAACUCAAAGGACCUAGAACUUGCCUCCUUUAACUAUUUUUUCCACGAGUUAAUCUUGUACAAUUUUGUGUCAAAGUAACUGCAUUCGCCACAAGUCUGCCACCAAGUAUCUGUCAGCUGGCCCUUAUCAACACAGGCACAUCAUCUUACUCACCCUACAGCCAUAAUGUAUUGGCCAGCUGUAAUGAUAGCAAUAGCGCUGGGUCACUUGGGCCAGGUUUUAACGACCGUACAAGACUGCACUUCCGAAACCUACCUGGCAAGAAAUGCUGCCUACGAGUGCUUCAAAAUGGAAAAAUCCGUCGGUUUUAAGUUGAAGGGAAAUGAUACAUGGAGUGUAGGUCUCUACCUAAAGAUUAACAGCAGCAGAUUGCUGCAGAUCAAUACUUCUCUUUCUGGCAACACCACUAUGAAGUUGCUGGAUGAUGAUGAUGAUGAUAGCUCGAAGUUAAUGUGCAGCAACUGUACAAUAAACCAGUCUGAAGUCUUCACACCAGGAGUGUUCACACAUUUUCGCCUGAAGCCAGCUAAAAAGGCCGGUAUUGUACUGGAAUGGUACAGGGACAACACUACCAACGUCAGGAAAGUUACCUUCCCCAUCAACGAAGGCUUUAUCUUCAAGGAUAAGUCUAAAUUAUCCAUCCAGCCUAUAGCCUUUACUGAUGGCGUUUAUCUACGCACUAACUGCUUUAAAGGUAACACUUUGGAGGCCCUCCAAUUUUCUUGUAUUUUAUUUUGUAGAAAUUUAUACAUGCUUAAUACUUAUACAGUAGAAAUAUGUACUGAGGAUAGCAUAUACUCUUUACUUUUAUUCUUUUCACCGCUGAUCGGCUCAUUAGUGUUGCUUAUGGAGUAG